AUGUCCACAUCGAUUCCUCCAGGCAAACGAAAAGCGUCGCAGGCACCCGCGUCGCCGCCACAGAUCAAGCGCACGGUGCAGAGCAACACGACCAAGAACGCCGUCGCUAACUUCUUCACGCCGGCCUCGCAGAAACCCAAAGAGCGGACGGCGUGGUCGGAUAGGGGGCCGAGCGACGAUGUGCCCGCGACGCUGCUCGUCGGCAGCUACGUGCCCGAGGAGCACAACCACAAGGAGAGGGAGAGGGAGUGUCGACGGAAGAUUGCAGCCUUCGAUCUCGACUCGACCCUGAUCACGACAUCGUCCGGGAAGAAGCACGCGGGCGGCGCGAUGGACUGGAAGUGGUGGCACAGCGGCGUCCCGAGCAGGUUGCGGGCGCUGCAGAAGGACGAAGGGUAUCAGGUCGUCAUACUCUCCAACCAAGGCGGCCUGAAGCUGCACUUUGAGCCUGGCUACAAAGGUCCCAAGGCAUCGGUGCAGAAGCGGACGAGCGAGUUCAAGCAAAAGUGCGGCGCCAUCCUCGGCAGCCUCGACCUCGCGACGCGCGUCUAUGCCGCGACGGGGAAGGACGUGUACAGAAAACCCCGGACGGGGAUGUGGAAGGAAGUGUGCGAAGACUACGACAUUCGGGAGGAGGACGUCGAUCUCGAGAAUAGCUUCUUCGUGGGCGACGCCGGCGGUCGCGUCGCCAGCCGAGCCGAUGGCGACGACGGACCUGCGACGGCGACGGCCAAGGAUUUCAGCUGCUCGGACCGAAACUUUGCGCACAACGUCGGCAUCAAGUACAUGACGCCCGAAGAGUUCUUCCUCGGCCAGAAGCCGAGAGAAUAUCGUCGCGAGCUGGACUUGGCCGACUACCCGCUCGCCGAGGGGACCGAGGAAGCAGCGGCCGCGUUUGAGAAGAAGAACGAGACGGAUGUCGUCCUCUUCUGCGGGCCCCCGGGCGCCGGAAAGAGCACCUUUUACCAGAGACACCUGGCGCCGCUCGGCUACGAGAGGAUCAACCAGGACACGCUCAAGUCGCGGGACAAGUGCGUCAAGGUCGCCAAGGAGCUGCUCGCCUCGGGUCGCUCCAUUGCCGUCGACAACACCAACGCGGACGCGGAAACGCGGGCGAUAUGGAUCGAUUUGGCGGCACAGGCCACCGUGCCCAUCCGCUGCCUGUGGUUCCGCACGCCCAUGGCGCUCUGCGAGCACAACGACGUCGUUCGGGCGCUCAACAGGACGGAGACGUUGAACCCGGAGGGCAGGCAGGCGCUGCCGAAGCUGGCCUUUGCUGGUUUCGCAUCUCGAUACAAAGAGCCGACGGUCAAGGAGGGCUUCCAGGACGUCAUCGAGCUCCCCUUUGCCUUUCGUGGCAGCCGGGAGGACCACGCGACAUGGAGCCGGUACUGGACGUAG